CCACCCCAACGAGGCAGCUACUUGAACAGAAGAGUCCUGCGUGCCGGAUAUUUUAGAUGGUGUCUGUCAAUACCGACUACAUUGCCGUUGGCGGCAAUCGGCACCCCGCUGGCGCUGAUUGGGACCCUGUCUCAGGCCAGCUAGUUUUCGGAGCCGCCAAUAAUAUUGCGCUUUGGAACCCAUUGGAUGAUCGGUGUCUGGGAGUUCGAUCUCUCCUUUGCGGACAUUCUGACAAUGUCAACGUUGUCAAGUUUUUCCCCUCCACUUCAUCAAACGAUCGGAUCAUCCUGAGCGGUUCAGCGGACAAGACUGUUCGCAUAUGGAAAUCAGAUACUGCAUCACCGAGCGGUUUCAGUCACGCGUUCACCAUUGAAGAUCAUCAGAGCUCCAUCAACAGCAUUGCCGUGUCGCCGGACUUGAAUGUCUUCGCAACGGGGGCGGCUGAUGCAACAAUUAGGAUAUAUCAGCUGCGUCAAUCCGAGAUUGGAACUAUUUAUGCUUGUUUGAUUCAAACAAUUCAGCCAAGUCCUCGAUAUUUCCCGCUUACCUUGGCGCUGAGCCCUCUCAAUGGAUCGGGUUCAAUGGCAUUGGCCGUCGCGGGAACGAAACCUUUCAUACAGGUAUAUGUCAGUGCUGGAGGCCAGUCCGUGGCUCAAUUUGAAUUGAAGGCGACCUUGUCCGGGCACGAGGGCUGGAUUCGCUCACUCGCCUUCACCUGGGAGAAAGGAAGCAAAGAGAGCGAUUUGCUUCUAGCCUCGGCCAGUCAGGAUAAAUAUAUCCGUCUCUGGCGGAUCCAUGAAGGCGAACAACUUCCCCCUGCAAGCGCUGCUGGAAAUGAUCCUGCCCUCGGUACAUUUGGCAAAUCUCUCUCGAACAAGCCUCACCGCUUUGAGGCUGCUGGUUUGAAAUAUUCCAUUACGUUUGAAGCCCUCCUUGUUGGCCAUGAGGAUUGGAUAUACACCUGCUCCUGGAGGCCCACAGAUGGUCCCCUUCAGCUUCUAACGGCUUCAGCUGAUAAUUCACUUUCCAUUUGGACGCCUGACCCCGCCUCUGGAAUCUGGAUAUGCAUUGCCCGUCUCGGCGAAAUUAGCGCACAAAAAGGCUCGACCACUGCAACAGGCAGCGCAGGAGGAUUCUGGCAGGGUUUGUGGUCCCCCAAUGGAGAAUCGGUUGUCAGCUUGGGAAGAACCGGAAGCUGGCGGUUGUGGAACUAUAAUAAAAGCCAAGACAGGUGGCUGCAAGCCGUGGCUGUCACUGGGCACGUCAAGAGUGUCAUGGGCGUUUGCUGGGCAGCAGACGGGAAAUACUUGUUGUCUACCGGCUCAGACCAGACGACUCGAUUAUUUGCAGAGUGGAAACGGGGCCAAAAGCGUUCUUGGCAUGAGUUUGCCAGGCCGCAAAUCCAUGGCUACGAUCUCAACUGUAUCGAUGUCAUCAGAGAAUCGCAGUUUAUUUCUGGCGCGGAUGAGAAACUUUUACGCGUAUUUGAUGAGCCGAAAGCUGUUGCGAACUUAUUGAAAGAUCUGUGCGGCAUUGAAGAGGCGCAACAGGAUCAAAUGCCCGAUGCGGCAAAUAUUCCCGUCCUUGGUUUGUCAAAUAAGGCAAUUGAGGCAGUUGAGGAUGGAGCGAGCGGAGGGACCGCCGACGACGAUGAGCAGGCUGCAAUUGACCCGUCAUCUGUAAUCCAAAAAUCCACACUUGAAUUAGACCACCCACCGUUUGAGGACCACCUUGCUCGGCACACCCUUUGGCCUGAGAGCGAAAAACUCUACGGUCAUGGCUACGAGAUCUCAGCGGUAGCAACAAGCCACGACAACUGUUUCGUUGCAACCGCGUGUCGGGCAAGUUCGGUAGAUCAUGCAGUGAUACGACUUUUCGAUACCAAAGAAUGGCGCGAAGUGAAACCAUCUCUAGCAGCGCACUCUCUUACUGUCACAAGCCUUCAAUUUUCUGGCGAUGACCGGUAUUUAUUAAGUGUCGGUCGCGAUCGGCAAUGGACUAUUUUCGAGCGUGACGAAAGCGCUCAGAGCGUUUACAAGCUGGCAUGUUCAAAUCCGAAAGGCCAUUCGAGGAUGAUAUUAGACGCAUCAUGGGCGCCACUCGCGGCAGGAGCAAUUUUUGCUACGGCCGGAAGAGAUAAAAGUGUCAAAAUAUGGCAAGCCGACAAUGGCGUAUUUACGUGCAAGGCUACGAUAGGUGCCCAGAACCCAGUAACAGCUGUGCAGUUCCUCCCACUGUUCCAUAACAAUGCCUUAUUCGUAGCGUUUGGCACCGAAGCUGGAGAUAUUUCCAUUGCUCAUGUCCAUGGGGACUUUACAGCAUCCAUUUCACUUUCUUUUGACCAGAGGAUCGUUCCUUCCAAGGCAAUCACAGAUUUGGCCUGGCGACAACCCCCACAAGAUCUGCCUUCGAACGGAAUUGAGUCGAAGAGCCAGCAAUUUCAAUUAGCAGUAGCCAGUGAGGACAGCUCACUGCGCAUAUAUUCAAUUUCAAAUAUGUUGUAAUCUAGACGUUUAUAGACACUGGGGGGAAAAAGUCUCUAGAGCAAGGGAAACCCAACGAGGUAUGUUGAAUGCAAUCCAGGGCGCCUAUUUAACGUAGAAACGCAGGGCUGGCGUUGAGAAACUGGGCAAAAGCAAAAUAGUCAUAAGAAGCAUACCAUAAAAAUAUAUCAAGCCAA